UUGUCCUCUCAGUCUGACCAGAAAUACAGAAAGUGAGAGACAGAGAGAAACAUCCACCAGGACAGGAUCCACUAGAACAGGACCCCACAAGGACAGGAUCCACUAGAACAGGACUCACCAGUACAAUACCCACCAGGAUAGGACCCACCAGGACAGGAUCCAUCAGAACAGGAUCAGGAUCAGAGAUCAGGAGGUUUUGGCUUGUUCCCGAUCGAACAGAAUCACAGGUCUCUAUGUCUGACAGGACGAGGCUACUGUGGGCCCUGAUGGGGGCCAUGGUCCUGGUCCUGGUGGUGGGCCCCUUGCCCGCCCUCUCUGCCCCUCCAGGAGAGCCUGAUGGAGAAGUGUUCGACCUUGAGAACUACGACCUGACCAGUGAGGUGGACUGGGAGAACCUGGACUCCAACAACUAUGGAGACAGCUAUGACUAUGAAGACCUGGACCAGGAGAUUGAGGUGGGUCCCAUAGUCCCUGACACCGAUGCCCCACCCCCCCAGCCCACACCUGAAGAGCAGGAAGAGGAAGUGACUCCGCCUACCCAGCCCUCCCUCCCCACCCACCCUCCCACCCCUGUCACUCUGGAUUUUAAUGGACCGGGUCUGUUUGGACCUGAGACUGGUCUUGGUAUGCCCACCUGUCUGCUGUGUGUGUGUAUCAGUGGGAGUGUGUACUGUGACGACACGGGUCUGGACCAGAUCCCCCCCCUCCCCAAAGAAACAACCCGCUUUUAUGGGCGUUUCAACAGAAUCCGACACGUGAAGAACACGGACUUUAUGAACCUGAAGCGUCUGCAGUCCAUCGACCUGUCGGGGAACACGAUCUCAGGGAUGGACGAGGACGUGUUUGUGUCUCUGUCUCACCUGGAGGACUUACUAUUAGCUGAUAAUAAUAUUAAGGUUCUACCUGAGCUGCCGCGCUCUCUGAAGCUCAUUGACGUGAGGAACAACCAGCUGAGCAGCCGUGGGCUGCAUGCUGAGGGCUUCAAGGACUUGAGUCAGCUGGAGUUCCUGUAUCUGUCCAACAAUAAUCUGGAUUAUAUCCCCACACCGCUUCCCCUGAGCCUCCGAGUGUUACACCUGCAGAACAACAACAUCCAGUCUCUGCAUGUCGACACAUUCUGUCACCGACACGACAGAAACUUCAUUCGCAGAAAUCUGGAGGACAUCCGCCUGGACGGAAACCCCUUCGACCUUAACCUGUUCGCCUCCGCCUACAUCUGCCUGCCCCGUCUACCUGUGGGCGGGUCCUGAUGGACUGUUAAGAAAACAUGUAGGACACACGAGAGAAAUAAGUAGAACCUGUUUUACUGUUUAAGCUGAUCUAUGGUGAACAUCAAAAAUAAACCUUAUCGGCCUGAA